UCGCUUUUCACUUUGUGUUCUGUAAGUGAUUGACAGUCUGGCCAGAUGGCUAGGAUCUUUGGGGUGUCAGUGUUUGACAAUGAAAUAGACAUCUAGCAAAUCAAGGACCAUAAUGGUUUUUCCUGCAUCUGACAGAUAUAUCCAAGAAAAAGGACUUUGCUCCUGAACGUCUUGUGCUGUCUAAAUACAGUAUGGGGUUACAUGUACGACUCAAAGUCAUCAUGUCUUUGAAAUGUGGCCGUCUCUUCACACUUUUGCUCUUUAUUCUGCCUGUCACAGGAAUCAAAGACGGAAGAAGGGAAAACCCAUUAGAGACCCUUCAAGCUAUCAACUUAACAAACAUGUCAAACCCAUCAAAGCAGAAUUCAGGGGUCAGAUCUUUAUUUGAAAUGGAACGACAUCGAAUCAAGAGGUCAGAAUUCUUCCACUCAGAGGUGAAAGUUUGUCCACAGGAGACGGUGAGAGAGGUCAUAGCAAGCCAUAAAGCAUACUACACACUUAGAGUUUGUCAGGAGGCAGUGUGGGAGGCAUUCCGGAUCUUUCUAGACAGAAUUCCCAGCAGCUCAGAAUAUCAGAAAUGGGUCCAGGCAUGUCAGCAUGAGUCACUGUGCAUCUCUGAUCUUGCUAUGAACUUCAGCAAUUCUCAGGAACAUAUUGAUAUGGUCUACAGGAGGGUUAAUCUGAAUAAUGAGAAAUUGCUAGAACGAAAAGUAACUGAAAAGCCAGCAACAGAUGAAACGCAAGGAAUGGAAGGUCCAGUGGAAGUUCUGACUAAAGCAGCCGUAGAUGACUCUGUUCCCACAGCCGAAUCUACUACUGUCAGCACUACAACACACACCUCCACUGCCUCACAGGAGUUGGACCUUCAGAACGUGGUUCCAGAAACUCCCGUUCAUCAGGUGAUAGAGUUUAGCGUUACACUGAUGGACUCUGGGUACCAAGAGAUACUGAGAGACAAAGAUUCACCUCAGUAUCAUGACCUAUCACUACAUCUCCAAGAUCAGAUGCAACAUGUUUUGGAUGGCCUACCUGGAUUUAUGGAUGUCCAAGUGUUAAGAAUUAGUGAGACAGAACCAUAUGAAGGGGCUGGAGGAAUAUCAGUGGUCUACACAGUGGUUUUUGAGACUACUGUACUUAACGUUGCUGAUGAAAGUUUAAACACUGGCACAGUGGUUUCAUCUACAGGACCAAGUCUGAAGGAUACAAUAGUUAAAGCACUGAUUGAAAAGUCAUCUCUUCUUGAUCUUGAUUCGCUGACCUUUGAGACAGGAAAAGACCAAUCCUCAACCAGAACGCCUGUUUUUGAGGUAUCUGAAGACAUUACAGCUAAGCCCUUUGAUGAAGACUCAUAUGAUGACGUCAGUUUUACAACAAAAGAAACAGUGGUUGAAGUUCAUUUUUCAUCAGAUGUUGAUCAGAAUGCUCUGGAUACAAUUUUGGAUCAAACAACUGCUGCAGAGUUAGCCAUCACCACAACCCAUAACCCAACACAACCAAUAACUGAACCUGAAAAUGGGGCUGUCAUCAUACACCUGCUAGAAACUAUUCAAGGUGAAACUGGCGAGCUCAUAAUAGACAUUUUACCUGUUCCACCUGUAGAGGAAGCUCCAAGUGUGGAUGAAAGCAAAUCAUUAGUCAUUGUUGAUGAAGACAAGAAUCCGGCUCCAUCAUCUUCACAUGAUGUCUCAACAUUAUACCCAAGCGACGAACUGCCUGGAAAUACAGAGAAACCUUCAUUAGAUAGUGACUUUAAUUUCAACACAAUUCCAGAGGAUGACAUCAUAGUAACUACCACCCACAUUUUGUUCACCACCGCAACAACGUUUAGUCCAAGGUCUGACGAACCAAAGUUGCCUGUCACUACUGACUUUGCCAUCACCUUACAACCUUCAACUGAACCAAUUGAUCCAAUAACCGAAGUAACAGAUUCUAAUGAAAUUCUAGAUGUGAUUCAACCAGUAGACACUAGGACAGUAGUAAGGGAGGAAGAGGACACUGAAGUAUUAACAACUGAACCAGAGGAAAAUGCUAAGACUGAGGUUGAUAUACCUGAGGUUGUGACAAUAGAGUCUGUAGCAGUAAUUGGAUCUGAGGAAGAUACUAAGGUACUGCAAGAAACUGUGGCUUUAGAAGAUCAGGUAUUAAGACCUGAAGAAGUGACUAUUGUAACAGAACUUCAAGCUGAGUAUGAUACAUUAGAACCUGAGGGAACAGUUGAGGUAGCAGGAUCAGAGAAAGAUGAGGUUGGAAAAUCAAGCGAACAAGAUGAGGUAGCAGGACAAGAGGAAAAGGAUGUGGUAGCAAAACCAGACAAAAAAGUAGUUAAAGAAGAAUCAAAAGUAGAAGUUAAGGAACAUAGCACUGACAAAGAAGUGAAAGUGGAACAAAAGGAGGAUGUUCAGGUAACAGAACUAGGAACCAUAGUAGAGGAAGUACGACCUGAAGAGGAACCUCGUUUAAUAGAAAUUAAAGAAGAAGAGGGUGAGGUGGUGGAACCUCAGAAAGAGGCUGAUGUAUCAGAAACUGCUGAGGUAACAGAAUAUGGAAAAGACAUCAAAAUUGAUGAUUCUGAUGUGGAGAUCGCAAGUGAAGUCCCUGAACCUACUAAAGGACCAACAGAACAUCCUGCAGAGAUGAUUAAGAUUAAACCACCAGAGUCCUCUGUAACAGAAAUUUACCUUGUUGAGCACAUGGACAAUUACCAGCCUGAAGAAACUGGUAAUUUGCCCUUUGUGCCAGUUGAUGAUGUUCAACCAGGGAUAGACUUUAGUAAACCUGAACAUGUGGAAGACACUGGCCUUGAGGACCAACUCUCCAAAACUGAGGUUGAGGAAUUUCCUGAGAUUUCAGAUAUGGUUACAGAGGACAAGACCACAGAACCAGAAGAGACUGUGACUGAUGUUCAUCCUACUGAGUCUCUACCUGAAAUUAUCAUAGAAUCAGCCUCGAAGAAAGAUGAAGACUUACUAUUUGUUAUUGCCAAAAAGAAGGAGCCAGAACUCAUAGUGAUGGAGGAAGACACUAAGGCAGAGGAUGUCCCUAUAGAACAUGAGAAAGGGACUGCAUCACUACCCAUGGAGGAGACCACAUCACUACCUGUGGAGGAAACUGCUUCCCUGCCUAUGGAGGAGACUGCAUUAGUGCCUAUGGAGGAGACUCCAUCAUUACCUGUGGAGGAAACUGCUUCCCUGCCUAUGAAGGAGACUGCAUUACUACCUAUGGAGGAAACUACAUCAUUACCUGUGGAGGAAACUGCUUCACUGCCUAUGGAGGUGACUGCAUCACUACCUGUGGAGGUGACUGCAUUAUUACCUAUGGAGGAGACCCCAUCAUUAACUGUUGUGGAAACUGCAAAAUCACCUGUGGAGGAAACUGCUUCACUGCCUGUGGAGGUGACUGCAUCAUUACCUGUGGAGGAGACUGCAUCAUUACUUGUGGAAGUGACUGCAUCACUACCUAUGGAUGAAACUGCUUCACUGCCUAUGGAGGAGAAUGUUUCAGUACCUAUGGAUGUGACUGCAUUAUUACCUAUUGAGGAGACUAUUUCACUACCUGAGGAGGAGACUGCAUCAUUACCACUUGCAACUGAUUCUCCCUUGACAACUAUGUCCGCAGACCUUGGACCUUUUGAAGUAGUUUUAAUAGAUACACCUGUCAUUACUUCAACACCUGUGGAAGAGGAUUCUGAUUCGCCAACUGAAAGAGUGGAAUCACCUGUUGUCCAGGACACUGUACUUAAGGAGUUAGAAGUUGUAAGAGUUCAGAAGGUGGAAAUUGAGGACCCCUCAAUUAAUUCAAAAGUUCUAGCCACUGAGUUAGACCAAAUGGAUGUAGUAAGUACAGAGACCAUUGACUUGUUGAGUUAUGAUGGUGGAUAUUCUUUUCCAAAUGAAGGACAUCCAUUGCAGACAACACAUGCACCAUCACUGAAGUACUUGACAACUCCCUCAAUGACCACAGCUACCAAAGGCAAAGAGCUAGUAGUGUUUUUCAGUUUGCGUGUUACAAACGUGAUGUUCUCAGAAGAUCUUUUCAAUAAGAGCUCAGCAGAAUAUAGAUCACUGGAAAACAGAUUUGUGGAACUGCUACUCCCGUACCUACAGUACAACCUAACAGGCUUUAAGCAGUUAGAAAUCCUAAACUUCAGAAAUGGAAGCGUGGUGGUCAACAGCAAGAUGAAAUUUGCCAAGUCUGUGCCGUAUAACAUUACUCAGGCUGUCCAAGGAGUCUUGGAGGACUUCUGUGAUGCUGCGGCCCAGCGUCUGGACAUAAAGAUUGAUAGCCAUUCCUUAGAUAUAGAACCAGCUGAUGAAGCGGAUCCUUGCAAGUUUUUUGCCUGCAAUGAGUUUUCCAAAUGUGUGGUGAACCGGUGGACAAAGGAAGCUCAAUGUAUGUGUGAGCCCGGCUACGUAACGCUGAAUGGACUGCCAUGUCAAAGUCUCUGUGUUGUCCAGCCUGAUUUCUGUCUGAAUGGAGGAAAGUGUGAGAUUUUACCAGGGCAUGGUGCUGCUUGCAGAUGUCCUGUAGGUAAAUUCUGGCACUUUAUCGGGGAGAGAUGUGCAGAACUGGUCUUGCUGCCUCUAGACCCUUUUCUUUCCCUAGUUUGCCUAGCGGGGGCGCUCGCCUUUCUUUAUGCCAUAAUUUCUCUCAUGUUAUCUAUGUGCAGGAAAUGUGUACGGACCAGAAAGACACUAACUCUAGUAGACAGACAGCAGUCCACCAUACCAGGACUGAUGAGUUAAUCACUGAAGAUUCACAUGUUAUAAUACCUGGCUGUCUGUGAGAGCUGGGAUGAUGCAUUUUAUGUUUUCCUCCAAUGAUGCUUGACUCAUGAAGACUCCAGAUUCAGAAAGAGCAGCCAAACUUCCUGAACAAAUGGAUCAAGUCUAGUUUCUGUUAGGUCAAAUAUGAAUCAUCAGAAACACUGGAUGUCAAAAGUGAAUGUUUGCACAUGAUUGCAGAAAUUAUUUAGUUUCCUCACAAUGAGGAAAUUAUUAGUCAGUCUUAGAGAAUCCAUAAUGUGUUUCAACAUCCUUAAAAUGGGAACAUAAUUGUGAUUUGGUGUAUAAUUAUUACAAAUUGUCUUAAGCAUAGUGAACGCAUUUUUGUCCUGUGAAAAGCAGAAAAGUACAGACUUCUUUGGAAACAUUCUUUGAUUGAUAUACUAUGGGGUGCCGAAUGUAAAAUAAAGCAUGUUGCAAAAAAAAAAAAAAAAAAAAAAAAAGGCCAGAUUUGCCCAAAUGUCUCAUAAAAUGUCUAUAUUUUUUUAUUUUUUGCUAAAAUUCUAAUUUAAAUCAAAAGUAUAGAACUUGCUAAAUGUAAAUCUCAUUACUGAGCCACACAUUGAGGAAAUGCAAAUUAUUGACGCAAUGGAAGCGUCAAUUAAUUGGAUGUGAAUUUCCAAAGCAAAUGAGAUGUGUUUUUAUUUUCUUCUACAAUUUGCACUGAAACAGAAACUAUUAUAAAGGCUUUAGUUUUUAUUUAAAAAAAGUAUGUUGUCAUAAAUUAUUUCAUAUUUAUUGUAUUACUUAAUAGUCAUUAGCAUAUUUUAGAAUUUUCCUCAUUCUAAUGGGAAUUUGAUAUCUUCUGCUGUAGUGUGUCAGGAGGAGAUAUUAAUUUUACAUUUCCCAACGUUUGUUUUGUAACUACAAUAGAAUGUGUUCUGCAACAGAUGGUAUGACCCCCACAGAGCACGAAUCUCAACAUCGUUCAGUCAGUGUGGGACUACAUGAAGAGACAGAUGCCUAAAUACACAGAACUGUGGCAAGUUUUCCAAGAAGCUUGGAAUAACCUACCUGCCAAUGACCUUUAAAAAUUGUGCAAGUAUCUCCAGGAAAAUUGGUGCUGUUAUAAAGGCAUAAGGUGGUCACACCAAAUAUUGACUUUUUUUUUUAUAAUGCUUCCUGAAUAAAAUUAUAAAUAAAAAUAAU